AUGGCUUCUCGAAUGACGGGAACACAGCACGACUCGCCUGGCAACUCAGCUCUUAUUCCACCAUUUCGGCUCCGGGCUGAGGUCCGCUAUCCUUCAAACCACUCACUUCACGACACGACGGUCCCGAACCCCGUCUUGCCCGACGACGACGACCGAGUCCACCAUUGUCUCGAUCCGGCCGGGCCUACAUCUGAACUAGCCACCCGUGAGGCUGGUAACUUCCACCGCCCGCCGCAGGGGUUGAAUGAGCGGUCUGCAGUCCGACAAUGUGGUGUUGAGUGCCGCAAAAGACGUGACAUGAGGGCAACGUGGUACGGAGUCCAGCACUGA